AUGUGCACGAAUCUUAUUGGGAACAAAUGUGACCUGAAAUCAUUAGGAGCCUCGCGUGUUGAUACCGAUGCUGCUCAGGUGUUCGCUGACCGCAACAAUAUGGCGCUGUUCGAGACGUCAGCUAAGGCAGAUUCGGAAGCGGACCAUGUUGAGUCGAUAUUCCUGACACUGCUUCAUAAGCUGCAGCAAAGCAAACCCAUGCAUGUGCAGAGUGAGGGAGAACGGCAAGCAAAGGAACAAGAACGUUUAGUAUUGAAAGCCAGUGAAGCCAACGAACUGCCUGAAGAAGGAUGGUGCUGCUAG